AUGGGUGCGACCUCGGACGGGGAUCGGCCGUGGGAGUCGUACCAGACGGUGUACACCAAUGCCAAAGCAGGUAUCGUAGAGAUAGUCGCGCCCGUUCUCCACUUCCUACCGGUUCCGUAUGCGACGGCUUUUGGAUGGCAACUCCUUUUUCGUCCUCGUUCCUUGUGGAAUUUCGAACGGCGCAGCAUCUAGGUAUUUCGCUUCCAGGCAGGCGAGGCGUUCUCUCGCCUGGGAGGUGUAGUUAUCGGUUCAACAGGAUUGCGUGCAUUUUAUAAGGCUAUGAAACGGCCUUACCGAUUGAUGUACAUUUCCUGGUAGAUCGUUUUACAUUAUUCGUUGAAGCCGUUCGAAUUGUGUCAAGAAUAAAUUCUGAUAAAACAAAAACGAGGGACUGAUUUUGUUAGUAAUGGUACGCAUCUGAGGGUGACCUUUAGCAUUGUUAAAACGUAGUGCAGUUAAGAAUGACUCCAGUUCCAUGUGAAAGCAGGGAGCUAUUUUACUUAGGUGCACAUGUCCGGAGGAGAUAUAAAGCCUUCUCAAAUUUCCCCAUUGGAAUUUGUUGUUACUUGACACACCGGGUUUAAAUACAUGCUUUCAAACAUAUUCAUAUUGGUAUCGUCGUUAUUUAUCCGUAUUUCAUCAUGAGCACGAGUCCAGACCUUAGUUUGGAAUCACAGGAAUGGAUGGAGUCGACAAGGAAAAAGUUCAGCGAGUAAUUUAUGAAAUGAGCAAGGGAUCGAAGUAUUUUGAGAAUGAGCAACGCAAAGAGGCAAUUGUAAAACAGAGAAUUGAAAGAAUGCGAGCUCAGUGUGCAAAGCUUACAGCAAAGGACAUUGCUCAAUUUCAAAUGGUAUGCCUGCUGAAAAAUUCCAUCUUGUUUCAUUUCCUGCCUCUUGUUUCAAUUUUAUCGAGAGUUAACCAUUAAAUCAUACCUGAUUUUUCUCAUUUGAUAUAUGAUUUUUCAUGGAUCCAUGGAUUCCGGAUUGGCUGUCUAAAGACAUCUCACAGACUUCAGAUCUCAGGAACCUUGCCUCUUUUUCGCUAUUCUUUCAACAAACAUGCUGCUGAUUUUUCAAGUUAUAAGAAUAACAUAAAAUCUCCUUUUCUUCUGGGAAGAUUGGCAAAGGUAAUUUAUUCGUUUUCUGAUUGCCUACGUAAUAGACAAAAUAUCCUGACUAAUUUGGAGUGAUAGUUGCCCUGAUCUUUAAGGCACAGACUAUUGGGUAAGAAUAAAUGUGUAUGUAUUCUCGCGGGCCCUUUUAAUGGUAUACUUGAAAUCAAUUAAAGCCUUCCGAGAUCAAUGGAUUUGAUUAUUUAUUUCAAAAAAUAUUUCAAGUCUUUUGAACUAGAAACCUCCAAAAAACUGGGUGCAACAUGCACGUUGUUUGGGAGGUCUAGACCGGAUCCCAUGAACUCAAGUAUAUCUUUUCACAUACCCACUUAAAAAUAAAAAUAAAACAAAAGGUUGGGCCUGAUGGGUACCCAGGUUCAUUGGGGCCCUCUGGACAUCCAUGCUCUUUUUUUUUUCUCUUUCGGAAUGCAAAAACUUGUUUAAGCGGUUCUUUUUCUAUUUUUCUCGAUUGCUUACACAGGCAUGGUUAUAACACUACUUACAGUCAUGAAUACUUUGUAAAUUCAUAUCAGCCAUACUGCUGUUAUGAACUAGACAUACAGCUGUAAGUUCAUAACAAUUUUUUUCUUGUUCCAAUUUCCAGAUUGCUGAUAAAAGAAUCUUGGAGUUGGAAUCUUCUCGUGACCUAUCAAAGAUUUGGGUGCAUUCUGACAUGGAUGCCUUCUAUGCUGCUGUUGAGACGUUAGAAAAUCCUUCAUUGAAGGGAAAACCAUUGGCUGUUGGUGGCAAAUCUAUGAUUUGUACCGCUAAUUAUGAGGUCUGUUUUCCAAUCUGAUUAUUGAUUUAAUAUGGACGAUUCUCAUGUAUGACUUACGUGUCAUGAUUCUUGCAUAUUUGAAUACCUCACUUCAUGUUGAGGAUUAUGUUUUUGACAAGAGGAACCGUGCUGAAUGAUCUAGGCACGGAAAUUUGGUGUUCGUGCUGCUAUGCCUGGAUUUAUUGCCCUCAAAUUAUGUCCAAACUUAGUUUUUGUCCCAACAAACUUUGACAAGUAUAUGAACUAUAGUGAGAAGACCAGGAAAGGUGAAUUGGAUGCUCAAAUUUUAGACCACAUUUAAUUUUCAUAAUCUCUGUUAUCGGUUUUUUCUAAUAAUUUAAUAUCUUCCAGUUUUUAGAGGAUAUGAUCCCAACUUUAUUGCAACAAGUUUAGAUGAAGCAUAUCUCAACAUAACUACCAUAUGCAAAGAUCGCUGUGUUAGCAGUCAAGAAGUAAGUUUGAAUAUGGUUGAUUAAUUGUCUAUGCAUAAGUGGAUGUGUUGGUCAAUGUCUAAUUAACCCUUAUUAAGUUGAACAUCUUAUUCUUUGUAAAGGUUGCUGAAGAACUGCGAAAUGCUAUUUAUGAGGAGACUGGUCUUACAUGUAGUGUAGGGGUGGCACCAAACCGCCUGCUGGCAAAGGUAAGUUUGUCCAAAUUCUACUGUUUACGACCUAAUCUGAUACGAAUUCCAACAACACCAUGAAACCCAAAUGAAUGCAAGAAGUAGUAGAAGAUAAAAUGGGAAUGGAUAGCAACUGUAGAAGCAAAUGGCCGUCAACUCUCCAAUUCUCCCUUUCCUCAUGCGAUGCCCAGCCUCUCCACAGGCCUACCCUAACACUCUUGAGGAUGGGCAAGUUACAAACUUGCCCCUUCUUUCUUACUCGGGCUGAGCCACGGGCCGGCCCUUUUGGGCUGGUCUUUUUCACCUUCUGAAGUAAAUAACUGGGGUCAUAUCAGAAUUUGUUCCAUUCUUUUUCAUAUGAUUUUUUUUUCAAAUUAAAACUUAAGUUCAUGCUAUGAACAGCGAGCCAAUAAAAAAGUUAUCACCUCAGAAAAAGUUAUCACUGGCAAGAUCUUUUAAAGAAAGAGGUUAUCACCUUGUAUCUGUAGAAGCAGAAACUUAAACACCACUGAUGUAUGCUAAUGCAAUCUUGAUGUGGGACAAAGGUGCCAAAAUAGAUCUUCUUAAUAAAAGAGUUACACAAGGGAUGGGGACUUAAUAUCUAGAUGAUCCUGCGAUUUUAGGAGAAUUAUGAUCAUUAAUUACUUAUUGGGUUAUCUAAUUCAAAUAAGUAAAUAAGACUUCUCAACCAGGGUUUGGAACACCAAUCUUUCACACAAGGGUGGCCUAUGAAUCUCACAAAUUUUAAGAACAAGGAUUUAAAAACAAUGACCAACUUCACAAGAAAUUUAAUAAUCAACACACAUUUGUAAUGAUGAAAAGAAAAUAAAAGGUGGAGAGAGAAAAGGGGUGAAAUGAGAAUGUCGGCAGGAGAGAGAAAAGAGGGGUUUUGUGGCGAUAGCAAGAGAGAGAAAGGAGAGGGUUUGCAACAGCGAGGAGGUGAAAUGACGGUGAUGAGGAGGACAGCAAGGAGACGGAAUGGUGGCGACGGAGCGGAUGGUGAGGAGAUAAAACGGCGGCAAUGGGGGAGAUGGUGAGGAGGCGGAGCGGUGGUGACAGGUCAGGCGGUGAAGAGGCGGAACGGCGGUGACAGUGGGAGAGGAAAGAAAGGUGGGCUUGGUGACAAGGCGGAUGGCUAUAAGGUGGAACAACAGUGACGAGGCGGAUGGCUGUGGUGGCAGGAGAGGAAAGGGAGGGCUGGCGACGAGAUAGAACGAAGACGACGUGGGGGAAGAGAAAGAGAGAGAGAGAGAGGUCCCCCUAAUCCAAGAGGGCGACAAGAAGAAGAUACCCCUAAUCUAAGAGGCGACGAAAGAGAAUAGGAACCCCUAAUGCAAGAGGCGAAUGACGAAGAAGGAACCUCUAAUCUAAAAGGCGAGAGGGAUAACAAGAAUCUUCUUGAUUUUAAAUUCAACUUCAACUUUUCAAGUAUUCGUGAGUUUCAGUGUUUAUAGGAAAGAGAGGAAGGUAGUUAGAGGCGUCCCCUCCCAAAGGAUGCCAAGUGGUGUCUCUUGGAGGGAGAGGCGCCUUCCUUAGGGGAGAAGGGGUGCAUGGGUGAUGUGGCCUCUUCUCCUCCCUCUUCUUCCUCUUUGUGGGUCCAUCUAAGUGAAUGAACCCUCAUGUUGCCUCCAUCAAAUCCUGAAGACAAAAAGUUCAUAACUUAUUAUAGUCACGUGCCACCAGUUAGUUGAUCUCAUUUUCUGCAGAUCAACAUGGCAUUCAGUUUUCAUAGAUUUAUUUCUCUUUAUGGAUCCAGAGAGUUAAGAUUGGAGCAAUCUAUAGGUUAUUUUUGCUGUUCUAGUCUCCUUUCUCAAGUUUUACUUUCCACUGCUUGUGCUAGAGCAGCAAAAUAGGAAAGUGAAUAGUCUAUAUGCCUGCUGCCACAAUUAUGCUCCUCCUGAUCCUAUGUUUCAAAUAGAAGAAUGUAAAUUCGUUUUUAGUUCCUGCCAUUGUUAUUAUGCAAGUUUUUCCCCCCAAUUUCUGAUAGUUACAGCGAACAUCAGUAAAAAUGCCAUGAUUCAUAACAGCUUCGUAUCUGUUUAUGAUAACUGGAACUCUAUUGGAGACUAAAAAUUUAUCCAUCUUUUCAUUGAUAGGUUUGUUCUGACAUUAACAAGCCUAAUGGACAGUUUAUCUUACCGAAUGAACGGAAGGCUAUAUUGACUUUCAUAUCAUCACUCCCAAUACGAAAGGUUACCUUUAAACUACACUUGUUUUACAAUUAGUUUAUUCUUUCAUGAUAUUUUGCUUGCAAGGCGAAAUUAAACUCUUGAAAUGGACCUAAUUCUUGCUGCCACUACAUAGUCCAUUUGAACCAUUGUUAUUCCAGUUUAGUAUGCUAGCUGGACACUAGGGUUAUAACAAUUUCCUGUUGUACAUGAUAUAUUUUUUUCCUUGGAUUGAGUUAAUUCAUCCCCAUUUGUAGACGGCAUUGGUGAAAUGGAUAUUGGUGUUUCAGGAUGCAUUCGGGCCAUUUGAGAUGAUACUUUUUUGUCCAGUUUCCAAGCAAAAAAUUCAUAUAAAAAAGGAAGAAAUAUAUUUACCUUCUCUUUGAUGUAACAUCAUGAUCAUCAGAAUAAUCCUCACUAUCAUUGUCGUGUUAUCCUAUGGAUGUUGAAUCAGUUGAAUGCAUCCAAACCCUUAGAUAUUCUAGUCAACGUCAACCAGGUGCUAGCGUGGCUCCAAGUUUCUAAUCUCCAGUGUCAGAAACGUGUGCAGCUUCGUCAGAUACAUGGCUAUAGUUAAGCUUAUCAUCAUCUCAUUGGCUGGCUGGGAGAGGGCAGAAGAAGGCAAAGAAUGGGAAGAAUGGGGAGAAGGUAGAGAGAGAAGUUGAGGAUGGGAGUAAUUAUUAGAAAAAACCUCAUGAGAGAGAACUGGUAAUUUAGCCUGAUUAUGGUUUGGAAUGAUUUUUUCAGAACUAGGUAAAGUACUAAAGUCACUUGAAUGUGCGAAAGUGCUCAUUUGCCUCGAGCAGCGCUUGGGAAUGUAUCUUCUCUUCUCUUUCCAGAUUAUUAAGACGGGAUGAAGGAUGGAGGGGUAACGAAUGCUCAGUUUUUUGUAGCUUAGUUCAUCUACGUAUUUGGCUUGUUUGUCUCAUAAUCUUGCACUCUCUCGUAUUCCAUUGGCACUUUAAGUUAGAUAUACAUACAUAUCAUGUUUUUUCGCCUUCUUGUAAAAUAGAGAAUGGAGAUUCAUGAAUUAAAAAAAACGUUUAAGAUCCGUGGUAUAGUUCGGUAUGCUUUUAUUUCACAGGGUCGGACAUGGAUUGGUACAUCACCUAGUCCUGGAAAAUAUCGAUUUUGGUGAGGAAGGGCACUUUGAUGUUUUUUUAUUAGUAUAUUUACUGAAGAAUUCGGAAGAGUAGAGAGAGUUUGAGAUGAUUAUCGACACAUGAAGUUUUCCUGGGCAAAUCUAUUUCUUUUGCUGGUUACUUAUUUCUUCUAUUUUUUUUCUUGGUGGGGGGGGGAGAGAGGGGGGGAAUCGGGGGUCGGUGGCUGUACCAUUGAUUUUCGGAUUCCAAUCCAAGUCAAUCAAUUCCACAAACCUGGGUGUCCAAGGAGAAGGGGAAAGGCCUCUCUACCCUGGAGGUGAAAAUAAUGAUGAUCCUGUCAUGCGCAAAUUUAUUGGAGGAUCGGUAGUUGUGCCAGUAGUGAUUCGACUUUGCGGGUAGAGGUGAGAUUGUUUUCUGUGGGUUAGGUUUAUUGACAUAUUUGAUUUUUAGCUCGCAUGCUUAAGUCUAUUUUUUUGCACAUACGUCUCUUGUAGACUAACUUUUCCCAGGUUCUUACAGUCUCCUGAAAAACUGUGGUACGUUGCUAUGUAUAGGCAGAAUAUUAUGUCUACUCUAAUUUUAGCAACCUUAGUUUCUCUUUUCUUUCUUAUGAGAAGCCAUGUGACUCCAUUACUCCUCGUUAUCUUUGUUUUUACUUUACUUUUUUCUUCGAAUGUGCAGUGUGGUUUAUUGUCUUUAAUUUUGGUUUGACAUAUUUAUCAAAGCGUAUGUGCAGAUUGGGGGCAUUGGGAAGGUCACUGAACAUAUCCUUCGAGAUGUUCUGGGAAUCAACACAUGUCAGGAGAUGUUGAAAAAAAGUGCUUAUUUAUGUGGACUAUUUUCUCCUUGCUCCAUUGGUCAGUAUAUGGUUGAGAAUUUAUUCUAUUUCUACUUGAAAAUUUAUGAUAAAUUGUUUCUUUAUUCAUAAAAUGUAAGCAAAAAGGGAGACCAGGCCCCUAGACUAUUUGGUUCAUGUUUCCUUCCAAUUAUCAAUGUGGAAUAUAUAUACCCAGAACAAAUGGGAUGGUGAUAUUUCAGAUCAUAAAAUCUUUCCGGCUAAAAGAGUUUAAUCAAGAGGUUCGGAUGGUUGUACUCAGCACCUUCCAUACAUGAUGAUGAAUAUGAAGACAAACUUUUAAUCAGUCUUGAGAGUCUUGUUUGUGUUUUGAUGUCUUAUCUCUCAGAAUAGCUGUCUCCACUUUUGAAAUUAUCGCAAUAAACCGCAAUCAGAAUUGUCUUAUUAUUGAGAGAGUAAACAGCAUAGAAACGGCUGGAUACUGGAUAUUUCUAUGCUUGGUGCAUGAGAUCUUGUUUAUGCCUGGUGCACGAUAUCUUGUUUAGAUAUUUUAGAUUUAUGUAUAUUGAGAUUCCACUACCAACCCUAUCUUCUUAGGAAGCCUAAAUGGAACAUGUUAAGAAUUCGAAAAAACUAUUUUUUCCUUAGCUUGGUGUCUGUUGUUAUGUAUAAGUUUCUCUGUUACUAGCCAAACAACUUUUUCCUAUUUGGGGUGCUUUUUUGUGACGAAGGAAACUGAUUAUUACAGUAAAACAAUUGCACGUUUUCUGCACUACCUCCGUUGUUGCGUUCUGGGAGCUCAUAGGUGGUUUGCAAGCCAACCUACGGCUCGUGAAAAUUUAUUGAUGCAAUGGAUGGUUCAACGGAGUUCAGUGGAUGGUCUUGCAAGGUAUACUAUUUGAUGAAGAUCGUGCAAAUUUAAUAACUGGGGGACGAAGAUGUAGAAAGACGACUCAACCACCAACAUUAAUUGAUGCAGAACUCGGACAAUUGUUUUUGGCCACUCAAAAUCCUGCUUAAGCACCUUUUUGCCGUGGUUUCUCUAGGGAAUGAGGUGUAUUACAAUUGUGAAAAAAUGUUCCCACACGGACCUCUUAUCUUUUUACUGAGAUAUGACAAGAUUACAAUCACUACAAGCAAAAAAUGCGUAGAAUAGAGAAAAACAACCACACCAUAGCACACUAGGAUUUACGUGGAACUCACUUACUUGGGAAUAAACCACAAGAAAAUACCUCAGUAGCUGUGAAAACAAUCGGAAAAGCCAAGUUUCUCUUCUCAGUAAAGGAAAACGCCCCCACCAGCACCAGGCAGCAUUCCUUAGACGCAAUUUUUAAUGUGACAUGAAGCUUGACACCUAUUUCCCAAUGACAAUAGAGCUCCUCACUAAACUCAACCCAUACCUAUCGUCACACCCACAGCACCCAUGCUGACUAUGUCUGCAUACGUAAGUUUAAGGCACAUAUACAAGAAUAAUGUAUGACCAUCAUCUAUGCAAAGUUUAUGCCUUUUGUUGUUAGCUUAUCUUGUAUGGUGUCAUCCUUCGAUUACCUUUUCUUACAUAGUGAUAUUCUUUGAUCAGAUUUUUCUUGAACCUAUUCCAUUAUCAUCUCAUACGUUUUCAUUUGUAUAUUUCCUUCAGAUUUUUUUCUAUCUGUUGGACUUGGCGUAGGUAACACAGAUACUCAGUUUAGGUUGCGAAAAAGCAUUAGUAGUGAGAGAACGUUUUCAAGCACUGAAGAUCAGUCACUGAUUUUCAAAAAAAUGGGUAAAUAUCUGUUUUUAUUCGUAUAGUCUAUUUUCCUUUUUUCCUUUUUUGUGAGAUGGUAAUAUAUGUUUCAUAUGCUUCUUGGAUUUGUUUUCUGAUUUUUGGCAUGAAUACGAAUUGUCCCAUUUAAAAAGUCUGACUGCGUUGUUCCUUUUUUUUUAAGGAAGAUGCAUUGAUUCUUGGGUGGUUUUAUUAUUGUCAUGUCGGACUUUUUCCCCUGGCUGAUAUGCCCAAUGGCUAUUGGACUUUUGUUGAAUUUCUCAUCUUCCCUAGCUAAUUACUAUAGGAUAAAAGGAAGAAAUGGCCUGGAGAUCUGUGCUACUAUGGCUUACUGAAUAUCGAGUCCGUAGUUGAUAGAAAGUGGAUCUAUUCUGUCUCUUGGCAUGGUUGCAUAAUGUAGUCCGUAGCUUACUGAACAUCAGUUUCCGCUUUCAUCUGAAUGAUCUUUUAAUUGUUAGAUAUUUUAUGGUGACCAAUAUGAUCUUAUUCUGAGGAUUGACUCUUCGCUGUACCGUUUAACUCCUGCAUAAUGUAGUUUGCACUUAUGUCCCGUUGAAUUGUUUUUUAUGUAAGUUCUUUGCUGCGUGGUCCUUCGAAAUGUCCAUACUGUUUUACUUUGUCGAGGUAUAAACAGAUGUGUUCUCAUUCCUAAAAUCUCUCGUGCAGAAGAGAUAGCUGAAACAUUAUCAAAUGACAUGCAGAAGGAGUCUCUCUUUGGUCGAACACUGACAUUGAAAUUGAAAACUACAUCUUUUGAGGUCUCAUAUUAUUUUAGCAUCCUUCACUCUUUGGUUUACUUUCAGUUUUAUUAUGUUUAGCUUGAAUCCUGCAGUCCGUUCUUAUUCUCUCUCAUUUGAAGGUCUAUCUAUAUUUCUGGUGUUGACAAUGUACUAAAAUGCAUAGUUUGCUAUAAUUGUCUUUUUUUUUCCAUCUGGAUGCAUGUUCCCUUUCUUUCCUGUUUUAUACUGACGCUUUAAGUUCGCAGGUGAAAACUAGGGCUACAUCUCUGCAGAAAUAUAUCCAAUCAAAAGAAGAUAUCUUCAGUCAUGCUACCAAGUUACUAAAAGCAGAACUUCCCCUCUCUGUAAGGCUCAUAGGUAUAAUUGUUUUCUUGUAGUUAAUAUUUGUGGGGAUCGUUUAUUCUUGUGGCAACUUUCCGAGUUUUGAAUUCUUUCACUCUUGACGGUUUAUUACAUUUUAUGCUAGUUUUGAUAUUCUUUCAAUGAAAAUUUCUGUGAAUAUAAUGCCCUGGGUAUUCACUGCCAUGCAGGUCUGCGCAUGUCACAUUUUUGUGUUGGCACGCCUCAUUCGGCUGAUCCAAUGCAAAAAACUCUCAGCGGUUUUAUUUUCUCAGGAGGUGCUUCUAGCAGUGCAGACACCAAUGCUGAUUCAUUGAUCGACAGUGAGAUCUGUUUUUCGGAUGAUGUAAACGAUCUUCCUCUAGGAUAUGACCAUCCAGAACAAGUCGAUGAGAAACACCUCACUCAUUGUACUGGUGAAAGGAAUGAAGCUACUGAUGACAGAAGCGUAGCAAAGGUGUGCUUCAUUUAUAUCUAUUCAUUUUGUACUGAUAUUUCUGUACAAGGAUUUUGAGGUUUAGUUGAAUAGAGAUUAAGGGGACCACGAAGCAUUAUUUAAUGAUGAAUUUUCCAUUCACUAAAGAUGAUACAUUUGAUUUCUUUCCACCGUGAGGGUUUCAAAGUGUGCUUUAAUAUAGGAGAUUUGCCGAAUGAGGCGUAUUCAGAUGAUUGUCAAGGGUUCUAGAGAGAAAGUAGUGUUUUACGCUUAAGCUCAUAAAGUCAUUUCACUCAAUCUAACUGAUAGAUAUUGAAAUGCCAAUUUCUUCCUGCACACAGUCCUUGAUGGAAGGGAUGGAUCUAAUGAAUGAAGAAGACAAAUCAGCUGAUAACCGAGCUCUAUUGUCACGCACUCAAGAAGAGGUAGUGUUGUGGAUCAACGAUUACAUGUGCUCAUUAUGUGGGUGCGAAUUGCCUCCGAGCUUUGUUGAGGAAAGACAAGAACACUCCGACUACCAUCUUGCAGAAAUGCUUCAGAAGGAAUCCAUGGAUAAUUUUGGCAAACCCACGCAGGGGAGGUACACGCUUAUCCUUCCCAUCCAGCAGUACAUUCUGAUUUUGGUGGAAGAUCUUCUGGUUGCUGAUAUGUGUUUCUCUUAAUGUGGAGAGAGUUCUCCCUAUGAACGGCCCUUAGUAAAGGGCUGGUGUUGCUCAUCAGCUCGUUGUAAAACCCACCAAAUUACUCUCUUUCAUUUUGAUUUCACGAUAAUGCGACGAUGAUGAUUGAUGUUCUGGGAUGAAUCUGAGGCGAAUGAUCCAGCCUUUUAAUAACGUAAUGGUUGGCCAAGAUGGCAGGAACAACAGUCAAUUGAUUUUUCUUAUUCAAAUGUGAGGCUUCUUCAAUGCGUAAUUAUCCAGCCUUCCAACUAUAGAACAGUUGCACCGGUGGCGUUAGUUUUAAAAGAGCAGCAUCUCGACAUAUCACAUCUUACUGAUUAUUUUUUAUGCAUUCAAAUUUUCUUGUUCUAGCUGCUCAUCAUCUGCGGUUAUUUAGAUGCAAAAAAUGCCGUUCAUGGGCUUCAUGUUCUAUUCAAUAUUCCUUGAUCUACUGGCUAAGCUUCCUAAGCUGACACUAUUUAUUCAAAUGCGAGUCAGUUAGUUGGCAUUUUAUAUGAAUGAUCGUUCUCCAUGAUGUUAUUCGAUGUAGACCAAUCAAAAUUUGGUAGAACCUCAUUUUAAAAAUAAAAAUAAAUUAAAAGUUGUUUGAUAGCGUGAACCAACCUGUGAUUAUUCUCUGCUUUUUGUACAGUAAUCCCGUCCAGAAAUCACCUUGUGUGGGACGAAGUGCUCGGAAGAGGCGCAACAAGUCCGCCCACAACGACGGCAAGCACAUCCCCAUCGAUUGUUUUUUCGAACGAAGUAAGAAAGUCCGACGCCCAUAA